CUUAACAAGAUUUCUAUAAUGUGGAAUAAUAACUGCAAUUAAGAGGCAGAGGUGAGUGACAGCUAAUAAAUAAAUUCAGCACUGAAAUGCACUGCAAGUCUAAAUAUAACUGGGGGAGGUGUAAGGGCUUUAGACGAUGCUGUUAUUGCUAACCAAAGCAAAACAUGCUCUUAUAUCACCGGGCUGCUCUAUUACAUUCUUAUGUACCCCCUUAAUACUCUCCUUUGUGAAAGCAGCAGGCAAAUGUCACGACCUUCUUCUACUGUCAGCACCCUAACCCUUCCACACAGCUUGCGAAGACUCAAGCUCUUCUCAUGAACUUUUCCUAGUUUUAUCCUUCCCCUCUGCUUCAACAAUCCACCUGCUAACACACAUUCUUUUUGAGUAUUAUUUUGAUGUUUAAAGAAGUAAUGAGAUGUUUUGGCUUGAAGCAAGUGAGAAGGCUGUGGUUCAACUGGUAUGAACAACAGGUACAUCAGGUUCUCUCAAUCCAGAAUGACUUCUUCCUCUUUCUCAACAGGUUGUGCUCACAGCAGCUUUGUCACGCUGUUGCAGUGGGGCAUUCUCAGCUGCUCUAACACAAGAAAAUUCUCCAAUUGUCCGCUGUGGCAUUCGUUGUAUAUUCCCUAAAAAACCUUGCUCCUGGAGCACACCACUAACCCCACAUGGCUAGGAAAAAAGAUGGAGGCCAACAGAUGCAUGUUUUUAAAGCGAUGGCAUAAGCAGUGCUAGUAAAUUGUUAUCUAGCUCAGGAACCUUGUUCGUGGUGUUACUGAACACACUAAUGAUACAAGAGAGAGGGUUGGCAAGCAUUAAAUUUUCACUUCGGCAGCAGAAAAUUCAGCUUUUCAAUUAAGCACGAUGGAAGACUUUGUACCGCUGUAAACACACGGACACGGCGCAUCUUAAUAACUUCAGGUUUUUCUUUAGGCGAUGGGGACGACCGCCGCCAAGCACUUCCCAGGAACGCCUCAGCAGGAGCUCCGCAGCCGCUCUACCUCCCCGCUGACAGACCGGCCCGGCGCCCCGGCACUCAGCGCGCCCCCGCCCCCUCGGCGGGCAGCCUCCCGCUCCGAUCCCGGCAGCCUCCCUGUGCCCCCACGCCCGCCUACGGAGACCCGCCGCUGCCGGGCCCGCCCACCUGGCCGCGGAGCCUGAGCCCGCCGUGACGCGCGGUCUGCGCGGACUACAGGCCCCAGUGGGCGGCGCGCGGGCCCGGCGGCCAUGGCGGCGGCGGCGGCGGCGGCGGCGGCGGCCGGGGCUGCGCCUGACUAUGAGGCGGCGGAGCUGUACACCCGCGCGUUCCGCGUGGGCGCGCUCGGCGGCUGCUGGAGGCGGCACCUGGGGCCGCCCGACCUCUCGCUGGCGGCAGAGGCGGCGGCCGACGAGGACGCGGCCGUAGUGGCGGAGCUUGGCUGCGAGGUGGCGAUGGUGCCCGAGCUGCAGGAAGUGUGCAGCAUUGAUAUGUUAAUGUCUUCUGGUAAAGAAGAGGACCCAGGUGUUAUUCCUGAAGAUAGCCGUCUGCUAACUCUUCAAAUUAGAAAAGAGGCAUUAGAGAGGAGAGAAGAAACAAUUAUUGUGGAUCGGGCUUGCAGACAAGAAACUCUUGCCUAUGAGAUGGAAUCACAUGCAAGUGGAAAGAGGCCAGACAGUCCAACAGAUCUAGUUGAGGAGGGAGAGCUACUUUUAACUCUGAACAUAUUCUACCCUGUCAUAUUUCAGAAGCAUAAAGAUUACAAACCCUAUCAGACAGUCCUUGUACUGGGCAGCCAGAAGCUCACCGAGCUGAGGGACUCAAUUUCCUGCGUCAGUGACUUCCAGAUAGGUGGUGAGUUCAGCAGUCAGCCAGAUCAAGCACCAGAACACGUAAGCAAGGAUAUCUACAAAUCUGCCUUCUUCUAUUUUGAAGGCAUCUUUUAUAACGAUAAAAGAUACCCAGAAUGCAGAGAUCUGAGCAGAACCAUUAUUGAGUGGUCAGAAUCUCAUGACAGAGGCUAUGUAAAUCUUCAGUCUGAUGAUAUGGAGGACUACACAUUUAAUGAUUUGUCCCUCAAAAUUGGCUUCCCAUACCUUUUCUGCCACCAAGGGGACUGUGAGCACAUCAUUAUCAUCACAGACAUAAGGCUCAUUCAUUAUGAUGACUGCCUGGACAGGAACCUCUAUCCCUUGCUGAUCAAGAAACACUGGCUAUGUACCAGAAAAUGCUUUGUGUGCAAAAUGUAUACAGCCAGGUGGGUAACCAACAAUGACAGUCUGGCACCAGAGGAUCCUUGUUUCUUCUGUGAUGUUUGUUUUCAGAUGCUCCAUUAUGAUCUGGAAGGCAAUAAACUGGGGGAGUUUCUUGCAUAUCCUUAUGUCGAUCCUGGGAUUUUCAACUGAAACCAACGUGAGCCAUAAUGAAUUCAGUGAAGUGCAUUGGUGAAACUGUUGCUCUGGCUGUUGAAACCGCCACACAGCUUGAGUUUUGAGCGUACUGCUGAGGUUUGGGUUAGGCUUUAAUCCUCUCCUUUGAGGUGGAAAGAACCUUUUGCACAUGAAGUCUUUCUGGUGUGCUUUUCUGAGUAAGCAAGUAUGAUUUUAAAAGAUAGGUAAUUAUGGAAAAAAUAUGCUCAAACAUCUGUUUUAAUCAGCUACAUUUUUCUAAUAUAUUUGGGCAAGAAGACAGUAGUUUGUAGACUAGAGACUCUAAAAAUACGGACGUUUCAAGAGAGAAUACCUUGCAAAAGCAGCCGCGACUGAGAGAAGUUUUGUGCAUCCAAGGCCCUGUUAACCUCAGAGGAUGAAAACAUGGUCUUUGGGCAUCUCACCUUGAAAACUCUGGCAGUUGUCAUCUCUGAAGAAGGGUGGAUAGCACUGCAUUUUUAGGGAGGAGAAUACGCUCUGAGAGGGAAGCUCAGGAUGCUUGUUAACGUCUAAGGUCUUUCCUACAAAUGGGGGUGUGCUUGCAUCUCUGAAUUGCUGCUGUCCUUGCAUUCCGACUGAGGGCUGAUUCUGUGAUGAGUAAGCUACAUUUCACUGAUUACCGAAUUGUGGCCUGUCUUCCAGAUUACUUUGUUAACUCUUUACAGUGCAUGUAGUUUUAACUGUUCAUACAGUUCAUAGUGCACUUCUUUCUUAGUAUCAUCCUGUGAUUGUAAGUAUUGUUGCUUUUAAAAUAUGACCAAUUUGUACUUGCUAGUCUGUUGUUAAGUUGAAACUCUGCUUGCCAAGACAGAAUGUAUGUAUCCAGUGCCUUGCUUCUGAAAGUCUGGAAUUCAGAGAAUGUUAGUGGAGAUCUUUCGUUGCUGUUUAGGCAAGCUAGUAGUGCUACUGCUUUUCUUUUGAAAGCUUCAGCUAGUUCUCAAAAAACCCUAGUUCUGGUUGGAGUAAACGACAGCUGACUCUGAUAACCUGUGUACAGAAGUAUAUUUGACAAAUUAAAUUCUAUUCAUGUCCUGGGGCUGCAGAUUCUGCAAGUGCUUACUGAUUACCUUAGCUGUCUUGAAACAGAAGUGUCUUGUGAAUAUUAAUCUGUGGGGGGUUUAAGACAAAAAAAAAAAGAGUGGGUUUUGUCUUCUAAAUAAGGCAGCUGUUGGCCUGUGCACGCUGAAGACAGAGCAGUGAACAAGGCACUUGUCACAGGCAGUGCUGAAUGGGUCCUUACCCCUCAGGAACCUGCAGAACUGUCACCAUUCAGGCUGCUGAGGCUGGGCUGCUUUGUGGUGCUGUAGCAGCAGUUGCAGUACAAUUCUGGUUGCAACUUCAGUGAGUCGGUACCCUUCAUCCUGCCCCAACCUCCUCCUUUUCCAGCUGUCUCCUGGUAACAUAUGGGCUUCCGAAUUCUCUUCAGUAUUGGAACCAAGAUCAUGUAGACAGCUUGCAUAAUUUCUACAGGUACUGUUUGCUUGUUGGAUGGUUUAUGCUGAGUUCUAAGGCAGCAAUCAGUAAGGGGUUUUUGUGUAGAUUUUUUUUCUUCAGCAGCAGGGAGAAAGGAGAGGUCAAAAUGUGAUUUUAUUCUUUCAUUAAGCUAAUUCUGCCUUGGUGUGCUGUCCUUCACCCAACCCAUUUACUUUCUUUCCAGUAAAAAGUUAUGGUCAAAUAGAUUUCAAGAUUCCUGUCCCUGCAGAUGUAGAGAUUUCACUAGGGUCAGCCCUGUACUUCCAAUAAGUCCGGGUGCAGGAGUUGUGUGCGUCCAGUGCCUAACUAGAAACAGAGAAGAACUUGUUUGAGAAGCUGCUCUUUGUGUGAUUAGGCCCUAUUUCGUACCAAAUGACUCAAAUGCCAAGUGGAACAAAAAGGUUACACUAAAUCAUAGCUUUUAAAGAUACUUCCCAGGAGCUAUAGCAGGACAGCCGAGACUGGUCCUGAUUUAAUGUGUCUUUCAGAAUGAGUCCUGUGAGUGAAAUCCAGCAUCGCACCCAGCUGCCGAUUCGCAGUUCAAUUUCUAUGACAGCAGCUGGAUAUCCGUGUUUUGGCUGCUUGUUAAAUGCUUGUUAGUGUGGUUAGUGGCUGAUCAGAACUUCCAAGCAGGCGUAUUACUUCAUGAUGAGAAAUGAGAAAAUAUAUUCUUUAAUAAUCCCAUGUCUCUGUGUUUGGUAUUUAUGUCUUUCUGGGCAAGACCAUCAGCAAUUAGUAUUUUUUUUUUAAUAAAUCUCUUGUAAUAAAUAAUCCCUUGUAAUAAAAUAUUAUUGUAAUAAUAUAAGGGUAUGUAAGUUGGAAACGAUUUGAGUUGUAUUUAAAUGAAAAUUGAAGGGCCGUGCCUGCUGACAUAUGAAGAUUUGUGUCUGUGCUUACUGGGAGAAGCAAAAAGGCUAGAGUUCUAAAAACUGUAGUUGAAUCUGUUGCAUCUGAAGAGCAUUGACCUUUAAUCUGUGGCUGGCGUUUUGCUUUGAUCUUUUUUAAACACUCAGUGAUGUGCCAGUGUGAACCUUUGGAACUAACUUCAAACUAACAAAAGGUCUUGGAGAGUCAGUCCCCAGUGCAAGUUUUUGCCUUGCUGUCAAGAGGGUGAUACAGAACGCUGUUUCUUGUGUUGAGGAAGAGGACAGGCCUCUUUGAUCUUUACUGUUGGUGUAAAGUUCCAAAGCAAAAGGUGACUCAUACGGGCAGUGUCACUUCCUACUGCUCCUGGGCACAUGUAACAUGGUCACAACAGCCCCCUGUGUGCUUUAAUGAUGAGCAUCUCAACAGGGGUGCACAGUAUUGUAAGCUGUAGUAAACUUUACUAUUGAAGUAGGGAUGCUUCUCUCAAAGCAAACUCUGCUUUCAGUUUUGUGCAUUAACUGGUUUGUUUCCUUUCUGCAAAAAGAAUCAUCCUUAUUCCUGUGGAGGUGAAGUCUGACUGCCUAGCCAGUUCCCACUCAGAAAUCUGUACCUUUCAAGACACAGCUCAUGGACACCCGGCGUCCUGGAAGGUGCAGUGACAUUUCCACAGUCAGCGGGAGUCUGUGAGUGUAGGUUACGUAUGGUUUGUAAAUGCAGUAAAAGCCAAGCAGCUCAGUGCAUGAAGCACGACUCCACUGACUUCAGUGACUCACUCAGCUGACUUCCUGAGUCAGCUGAAGCACACAGGAGCUUCACCUCUGCAUCUAUCUCAAUUAAGCCUUUGAAGUAGGGGCAUGGUGACCCAUUAUCUCCAAACAGUUGUGGCAGAUGUGUGUUUGCCUAUUGACGCAUGUUUGAAAAGCAAAGUCCAUUUGGCAUACUUGAAUCCACAGUGCCUCUUCUUUUGGUAAAAGGGGGUUUGAUACAAAGGAAUGGUCAAGAUCAGGAAGUGCCUAUCCGAGAAUUCCCAUUUGAGUUAACAUCUUUAGAGAAACACUUUUGAGGGUGAAAGCAGAACUUGUUCUAGUUUCCUAAGGUUAUAAAAUACAUUUUGUGACUAGCUGUAUGUAGAAACAUGCAGUAUCCGGUGUGAAAUAACUACCUGUACUUGGAAGCUGAAUGAGAAUGCUGCUGUCUGCUGGUCCAGUGAAAACAUGUACAGCACAGCUCUCCCCACAACAGCAGCCUGUUGCGCAACACCAGAGACCAUUGAAACUCCAGAUCUGCGGAGGCUAAAUGCCACGGCCAUCUGCUGAGGACACUUUCAUGCUGGGAGUUGCCAUGGCUUUUGAUCUUCCAGGUAUAACUUGAGGUACCCUCUUCAAGAUCUGAAAGGUAUUCACCUUUGCUACAUGGACACCUUCCAUUUCAUUAUGCAAGUAUGAAUUAUGUGCUUAUGGAAAGCUCUGCAAGCAAGCUGAGCAUUUAGUAACAACUUGCAUGUUUUUAUCUUGGCGUGGGAGAUGGCUGUAUUCAAAACGUUAACUACAUUGCUGCAAACUAAAACUUUCCAUUCUGAGUUUUAACUUCCCGUAAUCACCUCAGUGGAUUCUGUGUUGUAAAUACAGGCGUUAUUACAGGCUCUAGGUGCCUGUAGCUCGGUACCUUCAUUUCCCCAGGCAGCCAGCGUGUUGCUACACAGCGCUACUGUGACUGAGCACCGCUGUGUUCUGUGCAGAAAGUCACCCAUCAGCCGCUGCUUUGAACAGCAACAUGGAGGCCUCCCCCCAGACACUCCUCGCAGCUCUUCCCCUUUGAUCGAUAGAGCUGUGAAGAGAGAACAGAGGUUGUAGGCUGCUUGUGGCUGCGGGCAGGAAGGCAGCACUGCAACACUGGCAGUAUGCACAAGCCAUGUGUUAGUGCUGAGAUCAGUAUCGAUUCAUACACGUGCUUGUGCUUUUAUCCAUUGACAUAAAUUAUAGCAUAACAACAAAUUAAAAAUAUGGUUGCAUGUAUAAAGCUUAUAAUUAGUAAGUCUAGAAAGCACGCAGCAUACUCGUAAGUCUGCUGUACAAAUACAGCAAAACUGGCUCCAUAAAUUCGGCUGCUAGUGAAUAGAGCUGCUGAAUGUUGAGGUAAAUAUUCUUCCUCUGUUGGCCUUCUCGUGUUACCAAACCUUUGAUACUGCCUCAUCUUAACAUUGCAGCUAGUUUACAGAUUGAGACCAAAAAUAAAUGUAAUGGGUUCUGCUGAAGGAGAGCCUGUAGACACAAUGUUAUUUGGGUGUACCACUAUGUAAACAGACAGUUAAAAAUUGGUCAAACUAGUUAAACCAGGCAUUACCAGCAGCUUGUGUCUAAGUGACUGCAUGUUCCAUACAUGGUCGCUGGAGGAGUGGCACAUUUAGCAGGGGGAAAAAAACAUUCACUGGCAUGGUUUCUGGCAAGUUACAUAAAAAAAUAGUAACUAGUUCAAACUAGCAAGGAUGACUGAACAGCAGUUUUGACCGCAAUAAACUUAAUACUGCUUGUG